CAUAACCUUAAUUAUGUUUCUGUAAUCAAUAAUUUUAAGUUACUUUAAUUAGGAAUUCCUAUUUGUAUUAUAAUUGUAAAUGAGCCUUGCAUGGUUAUUAUUGUCACAUUAGGACAGUUCAAGUAAUGUUUCCAAUUUGUUUAAAAUUUUGUAUGUAUUAUUGUAUAAUUGCAGGCAUUGUAUUAAAAGAUGGCGGACGACGUUGAUUCCGAUUCUGAUAAUGAGAUCGAAUAUUCGGGAAUGAUACAACCCCCUCUCAUUAAACAGUUGCAAACAAUUCUGAGUGAAUAUCCUGAUGAUGGACAAAUUCUGAAGGAAAUCAUCCAAAACGCAGAAGAUGCUGGUGCUUCGGAGAUGAAGAUUCUUUAUGAUGGCAGACAAGGAGUGCAAGAACUGUAUUCAAGAAAGAAUAAAGCUCCUUUCAGAAAGUAUUUCAAGGGACCAGCGCUAUUGGUACACAACAAUGCAGAGUUUACUGAAGAGGAUUGGAAAGGAAUAAAGAUGUUGUAUAGCAGCAUAAAAGAAUUUGACAAGACCAAGGUUGGAAGAUUUGGUCUUGGAUUCAAAUCUGUAUUUCACAUCACAG